AUGGACAAAAGGAACGAGACCAAUGUCAGCUAUUUCAUCCUUCUGGGAUUCCAUACCUCUGCUGAGCUUCAGGUGCUGCUGUUCGUCCUGUUCCUCUUGGCAUAUCUCCUGACCCUCACCGAAAAUUUUAUCAUCAUUUUAGUCAUCCGGCUCAACAGUAACCUUCACAAGCCCAUGUACUUUUUCUUGUGCAACCUCUCCUUCCUGGAAAUCUGGUACGUCACCAUCAUAACCCCUAAAAUGCUGGCCGAUUUUCUCUCGCAAGAUAAGCAUAUCUCGUUCCAGGGUUGCCUGACACAGUUGUAUUUCUUUGUCACCUUUGUGUGCAGCGAGUACAUCCUUCUGGCUGUCAUGGCCUAUGACCGCUAUUUGGCCAUAUGUAACCCAUUGCGUUACCCAGCUAUCAUGACCAGCACCUUCUGUGCCCAGCUGUCAGCAGGAUGUUGGACGUGUGGCUUGAUUACCUCCGCCAUCAAGCUCAGCUUCAUUGGCCAGCUGAAGUAUUGUGAUACCGACAAGAUCAACCACUACUUCUGUGACAUUUCACCCCUUUUGAAUGUCUCCUGUACUGACUCUUCCCUGGCUGAGCUGGUGGAUUUCAUCUUGGCCCUUAUGGUGAUCAUGGUCCCGCUCUGGAUUGUGGUGAUGUCCUACAUCUACAUUAUUUCGACCGUACUGAAGAUCCCUUCGGCACAGAGCAGAAAGAAAGCCUUCUCUACCUGCAGCUCUCAUCUCACAGUGGUGGUGCUGUUCUACUCGACUACACUCUUCACCUAUGCACGGCCCAAAGCCAUGUACGCCUACAACUCCAAUAAAUGGGUGUCAGUGCUCUACACGGUUAUAGUGCCCCUUCUGAACCCUCUCAUAUACUGCCUCAGAAACAAAGAAGUCAAAGAUGCCUUGAGGAAGACAUUGUCUGCUUAA